AUGCAAAAUGGGUUGGAUAUAGCUAUUCAAUUGAUUGAUCUUCUUGGAAAACACAGCGGCAAAAAGCGUUUACAGGUUUCUGGUGAAGACAUUUAUCCUGAACUAGUAGGCGGGCGCCCAAUUGCGACUUUUAAGGACGAGAAAACAGGAAUCUUGGAAAUUCUUGUUUCUAAGAAAACAUUAAUCAAUAUAUUCAAAGACUGCAAGCAAGUUCUUGAUGCAGGAGAGAACUGUGAUGACUGGAAACUAUAUUAUGCAUCAAUUGGAGUUUUAAUCAUGACGCCAGAGGACCGCCGCGCCGUUUUACUCAACGAAACCGUCCUAAACAAGAUCAUAUUAAAUGACCCUUGCGCAGCUGACUAUCAUUACAACUGCCUAGGGGCGCUUUUGAGCUGCGACCUUGCAAAGACCAACAAGUCAGCCAGCCUAUGGUUUUAUUUCAGAAAGGUGUCAGUUGCGAAACUCGAGGCCCUUGAUUCCUCAACUCUGAACGAAAUGGUGGACUUGAUUCUCCUUUCUGUUGCCUCUCAUCCGCGUAAUUACUACGCGUGCUCAUUCCUGCGUUUUCUUUUGGGAGUCUGUCGAUGCAAAGGCCUUUUGGGUAUAUUGUAUGAAAGGAUAUGGGACUAUUGUAAAUCACAUCUUCACGAUUUUUCGAUGUGGUUGGCUUUGCUAGAAAUUCUGAUUGGGAAGAGCGAUUAUUAUCUUGGGGAGCUCAAAAGAUUAGGCGGUGAAUUGAGAGGUGCACCGCAAUACUUCGAAGAACCAGAGCUGACACGACUAUAUGAAGAAAUCAGGCUCUGGAGUGAGCAGAUCGGCACUCCGAGCUACUCUUUAUACUACACGAAGCUACAACUUGGACUCCACUUGGGCUUGGAUGUAUGCUCGCAAUAUAAGCAGGAGUUUGAGGAAUUUGAACAGGAACGAGAUUACUUGAUUGAUGUCAGCUCGAGACAGCUUAUAUGCAAGAAAAAGCCUGUUCCGCUGGACAACGAUGCGCUUUUGAAGCAAAAAUUCGAAGGAAUGCUCAUUAGAAAACAACUGUACAUAAGAUAUGGGCCCCUCGCAACUCGAGAAAAUCGUAUAUAA